AUGCCGUCCAUGGGCCGCGAGGAGCCACCGGCGUUCGACGCUGGCGACGACCUCGACCUCUACGACGCAGCAAAUCCGUUUGAUGACGAGCCGGCGCCCAAGACGGCCGUCAAGCCCGACAACCAGCACCGAAGUCCCAAGAAGCCGACGACUACCAAAGACAAGGCCUUUGACUUUGAGCAGUGGGUCGCUCGCAAGGACAAGUACGAGCGCGUGCUCCAAGCCCUCCAUGCGCUCUCGACCGACCGCGCCGCGUCCGAGGCGUCGUGGUUCGACGUUGCUGUCGCGUUGGCGGCCACCGACUGCCUCCUCAAAGUCGGCCGCACCGACGCGUGCGACUGCGACGGCGUCUGCCACGAGCCUGGUCACGCGGUGUCGCGCCAGCGCACUCGGUGCCAGUGCCCCGCGUCCAAGUGUUCGAUCUGCAACCGCUGCGUCGGCACGACCGUCGGCGUCAUCUCGGACAAGAUGACGGACGUCCUCACGCCGUACCGAAGCAGCAGCGAUGAAAGCACCAUGGACAUUGCGACGCGCGUGAGCAGCAUGGGCGAAGGCCGGCUGCUCAACAACCUCAAGAUCUCGGGGCUCGCUCUGCGCAUGGCCUCGACCGUGCUCAGUCAGUGCAGCGUGCUUCUCGGCCCCGACGGCGCCAAACUGCAGCGACCGUGCGCGUGUCCGCUGCGGUCGCUCGGGGACCACUGGGUGCGCUGGACCAAAGCCAACCACUCGUUUGAGAAGGUGCGGCUCACGGAAGCCCAAGCCAAGAAGUUUGGCGGCGCGACGCGGCAACUCAUGGAGCUCGUCGAAGGCGAGAACGUCUACCUCCUCACUAUCAAGUGGCGCGUGGCGGCCAAGCCGCAGAAAGGCGACACGGCCAAGAUAGCCGCUCGGCGGUGUCUCUCGGCCGACGAGAAGAAGCUCAACGCGAUCUUUGUGUCGCUCUGCAAGAAGUUCUGGGUCAAGGCGCAGCACCGCGUGGUCGAGAUCCUUCAAGACAAGAUGACGUCGCUACUGGAGAAGCAGGCCGCGACGACGCUCCUGCCCGGGCAAACGCACAAGUCGCGCGCCGAGAUGGAAGUGCAGAUCCUCAAGCUCCACGGUGUCCAGAAAAUGCUAUCGUGGGUCGAAGCCGACGCCGAUGCCAUCAAGGACAAGGAAGAUGAAGUCGAGAAGGAAAAAGCAGAGGAAGGCGCCCUCGCGCACAACGCGUGGCUCAAGCGCAAGGACCGGCUGCGGCUCAAGCUCCCCAGCUGGAAGCCUCCGCGGUUUGAUUUUUCCACCAACGGCCUCGUCCGGCCCAAGAAGGUCGACAUUCCGUCGUGCACCAUCGACAUGAUGAAGCGGAGUGGCCUCAAGUACGUGCAUGCGAUGAGCGAGGGCUUCCAGGGCCGGGGCGGCGACCUCGACAAGUGCCGCGAACUCCUCCUCAAACAAGGCCACGUCAUCAAGGCCAAUUUCGCCAAGGACCCCGACAGUACCUUCUCGGAAGAUCGGUACCACUUUGAGAAGCAGAACGCGCCGAAAGCCAAGGGCAAUCCUCGAUCGGGCAUGUCCAAGGAGGCCUUUGCGGCCUGGAGUGCCCACAAAGCGCUCAAGGACAAGGCGCUCACGUUCCUCGACGCGACGCCAAAACCAAACGACGUAUCGGACAACGCGUCGGCGCACUGGGAAGAGGUCGGGCGGGCGCUGAAGGCCGUCGACCGCGGCUUGCUACUCUCGUGGAUGUCGUGGUCGGACGGCUUUAUGAGCCAAGGCCGCUGCCGCGUGCUCUGGGAGAGCUUCCCGCCGAUCGCAUGCGACGUCCACGCGACCUCGUCGGCGCUCCGCGACGUCUUUCUCAAGCUCCUGCACCGCAAGGACGUCGACUACAAGGCUGCGUUCCUCGCGUUUGCCGAGAAGCAGCACAAGAAAGCAGUCGCGGACGGAAAUGCGGACGACGAGAUGAAGGACGAGGACAAGCUCGCCACGUAUGCGACGAUGAAGCCGAUCGACUUUCACAAGUUUCUCAAGUCGCUCGGCAUCGCGCUCACGCACGACGAGCGCACGCGCGUCGUUGAGUUCUUUGACGCCAACGGCGACGGUGCCAUCACGAUCAAGGAGUUCCUCGCCGUCACGGGCGACCGCCGACCGGCGCAGUGCCACGGCGACACGGAGAUCGCGCUCAAAGACGUGUGCAUGUGGGAGACGGUCUGCCACGAGUGCGGCAUGCUCAACGCGUUCCAGGUCUCGUCGUCCGAGCGGGGUCGGGUCCGCACCGAGCUGCCCGCGCACAGCAAGCGACGCCAGCUCGCUCGGUUCGGCUGCAAACCCAUUCUGCCGCUGCGCGAGGUCAAGGAGUCGGCACCGUACGCGUGCGACGCCGCGGGCUGGAGCGAUCAAAAAGCCGCCGGUGGCGUCGCCGUCCUCGAUCGGCUCUCGAUCGAACACCGUGAGCGCCGGGCGCUGCACAAGCUCGUCACCGACGGCGCGCCGCCCGAGCUACCAGUGCUCUUCCGGGACGACGACGAGGCAUUGGACCCGACGACGAUGCUUCUACUGCGGUGGCACCCGCCACCGGUGCGCGGCAACAACGGGCCGGCGUUCUACAUCCUCGAGACAUCCGGCGCCGAAGGCAGCGCGAGCUUCAAGCAGAACGUCUUCUCGGAGCUUGUGCGGGACCCCAAGGACUUUAGCGACAACCAGGGCGAGCCGCGGUACCACUACGUCGUCACCAACUUGGUGCCCAACACCAAGUACGCGAUGCGACUCCGCGCGCUCAACGCGUUUGGUGCUGGACCGUACGCCUUUGGGUACUUUACGACGGUGCCGCGCGUGCCACCGGCGCCGAUGGCCGUCAAGGUGACACCGACGACGAUCCACCUCUCGUGGAACUCGUCGGCGUGGUACGACGCGCAGCUCAAGGAGCUCCGCGCGGUCUUUGACGAGGCCGACGUCGACGGCAACGGCGAGAUCUCGCGCGACGAGUUCAUGGAGGAAAUCGAGAAGCGCAAGCCCCGCUUGCUCGAGUUUCUUCAGAAAACGUCGGCGACGACCGAGGCCCCGGGCGUGCCGCUCAGUGUCUUUGACGCGAUCGAGACGAACGACAGCAACACGCUCAGCUGGACCGAGUUUGUCGCGAUGUUCAACAGCCACCUCGACGACCUCCAUGCGUUCGACGACGACGCCAAGUCGGUGGCGUCGUCCAAAACGUCGCGCAAGGGAAAGCCCGCCGCCGUGAACGGCUGCCGCUACGUCCUCAAGCAGUGCGUGCACGAGGCCGACGGUCAGUACGAGGAGAUCUACCGCGGCAGCAAACCGUCGUUCCUCGUGCACGGCCUCACGCCUGGAACGGCGUACCAGUUCCGGGUGCAGGCCAUCAACGCCGACGACCAAGCCUCGCUGCACAGCGCACCGACGAUCGUCAACACGCUCUUGCCAACGCCGGCGGCGCCGGUGGCCACGGACGUCGGGGUGACGGACGCCGUCCGCAGCAUCGCACUCAAAGGCAAGUCCAACGUCCUCGACGACUCGGUGCACAAGCUUCUCAAAGAGUGGGCGAAAGAGACGCCGGUGGAUCACCCCGCGAUCGACUUUGCCGGCAAGUUCCAGCGCUACGACCGCGACGGCAGUGGGUACUUGGAGCUGCCCGAGUUCAAGACGCUGCUGUCCGAGCUCGGUGUCGCGCCGUCCGAGGAGCGCCUCGCUGCAUACAUGGAGACGUUCGACACCAACAACGACGGCAAGAUCUCGUUCGACGAGUUCAAAGACUGGUGGACGAAGCCCGACGUGCAAUAUGUCCUGAAGCGCUCGGACGCCGGGCGCAGUGAGAUGACGGCCGUCGUCUACCGCGGCGCCGACAAAAGUUACCACGUGCGCGGCUUGGCACCAAACACCUCGUACGUCUUCCGGCUCCGGCACGUCUCGUCGCACGCGUCGAGCGGUCUGAGCAGUGCGCUGUCGGUCUGCACGCUGCCCGAGCCGCCGUCGGCCGUCGGCGUCGUCGACGUCCUUGCGACCAAGGCGCGCGUCGUGUGGUAUCCGAGUGCCACGGGCGCCUCGCGCUUCCUCGUGGAAGCCAAGUUCAUCGAGUGCCUCUCCGACACCAAGGUGGCCAAGCCGGCGGGCGACUGGACGGCCUUGUACGAAGGACCGGACUCGGCGACGACGCUGCUGGACCUGGUCCCCAACAGUGUCUACCGGCUGCGCGUGCGCGCAGGCAACGCGUCGCGGGCGUGGAGCAGCUACGGCCGCGUCACGCAGCUCUGCACGCUUCUCAAAGAUCCAUCGCUGCGCCCGAGCAACGCGGUUGAGCGCUUUACGGUCGAGGUCGCGGGGCCUGGGCGGCUCGUGGUCCACGACACGAUCCUCUUCACGGAGCGGCUCGUCUUGCUCGCGGAUGGGACGGCCGUCGAAGAAGACCGGCGCCGCGGCAAAUCGGGCAAGAGCGUCAAGGAGUCCCUCGAGUGCGUCGGCGAGCGCACGCUGGCGGCGCGUGUGACCAGUGUCUUGGAGGACGUGGCCCGGCGCAGCGUGCUGAGCCUCGACGUGGUCUGGUGCACGGUGCAGGUCUACGAGAGUGGCAAGAAGGAAGGCGCAAUGAAGCAGGUCGCGCUCGCGUCGACGCUGCCGACGGACGCCAAGCUCUCGCGGUUUGAGAAAUCGAUCCUCAAGUACGAAGCCUUUCGCCUGCCGUGGCUCGACGAGGGCGCCCGUAGUGCGAGUGCAUGGAUCACCACCACAGGCUUGUCGGACGAGGCGACUCGGUGA